GUGGGGUUGCUCGGUACGACACGAGGAAAGGCAUAAACAGAGCAGAGUGAGAUAGAGUGGAAUAACGUGAGGAUACCGGCAGCAUACACCGGAGAGCCCAGAGACAUUUUCGAGUGAGAGUAUAAAAUAUAUCAAGGUGGGGAGAGUACCCGUAGGUGGAGGAAAGGAGGAAGGCGAACAGAAGAAAAAAAAAAUAUAUAUAUAUACAUAUAUAUAUAUUCACGUAGAGGAGGUAUAGCGGAGUAAUCCGCCGUUGAGAAAGAGAGGGAUAGAGUUGGAGGAGGGCUGAAAAACACAUGAUGCACGGUGGUGACUGCAGCCAGAGCCAGAAGAAGAGCAAGACCCAGAGGAAGAGCAAGAGCGCCAGGGGAACGGGACCGAGGGAUUUUUGAGGGACCCCCAAACAUCCUCGGAUACAUAUAUGUAUAUGUAUAUAGGAACACGUACACGAGAUUAUCACAUACUCACACAUACAUGAUAUGUAUGUACAUAUGUGUGUGUAUAUGUAUACAUAUAUAUGUGGAGAUACCGAUGAGAGAUAUUGUAAUAAAACGUGUAUUUUUUGGUUUUUAAAUCACUUUAUAAUCACUGGUGUAACAACAUUGGUGCUACGAUGGAACAGAUUAAAGUUAUAACGUCCAAGCUAUUUACAACGUCGUGCAUCGAGAACAAGGACGAGUUGGAGGAGAAAUUCGAGAGAUGUCACUCAGUGUUGCAGAGCCUGACAGCAGGCCUCUCGGAGAAAGAGGCCCACGAUACCCUGAGCAACGCAGUAUGCAAAGAAAAAGCCCACGAGGAAGUGUCCUUAGGUCUUCUCAUGGUGAUUCUGACGAAUCCAGUAGAGGCAAUAAAAAGCUAUCGCGACCUAACCCUGAUAACACGUGACGGCUUGGCAGUUGUGUUGGUUCAUCUGAACCAGCUAGUGCUCGAUCGUUACCUACGCCUUGACGACACAAGCCGAGCUCAACUACUCUGGCUUCUCCGUGAAAUGAUAAGAACGAGUGUAACUGGAAUCGACAAUCUAUGCCUGAGCCUUCUGCGGCAUGCAGCAGGUGGUGACACAUCAACUCGCAAUCUUUACUUAGUCGAGGCACUUCUGGAGAUAUUCCAGGAGUGUCGACCCUGGCUCGAUAAAUUCCCCUUCCUCGUCGCCUCAAUUGUCUACACAUACCUCAGACUGAUCGAGGACCACAGUGCCCCCCACCUGAUGACUCUCAGACAAAAGGAAAUAAUUUUCACAGUUUCUCUCCUACGAGAACGAAUGGUGGAUUGUCUAGUGAUAGGUAGAGACCUAGUGCGUCUCUUGCAAAAUGUCGCGAGAAUACCGGAGUUUGAGAUUCUUUGGAGGGACCUCCUGACCAAUCCCAAGACUAUCUGUCCGAGUUUCACUGGAAUUAUCCAGCUCCUGGAGACAAGAACAUCGAGGAGGUUUCUACAAUCGAGAUUAACACCUGAUAUGGAGAGAAAACUUGUAUUUCUGACAGGUCAAGUGAGAUUUGGAAAUCACAAGAGGUACCAGGACUGGUUCCAGAGACAGUAUCUGGCAACACCAGAAUCACAAUCACUAAGGUGUGAUCUGAUACGAUUCAUCGUCGGUGUCAUACAUCCAACCAAUGAGCUACUCUGCUCGGACAUUAUUCCCAGGUGGGCAGUCAUUGGGUGGCUCUUGACAACGUGCACAUCAACUGUUGCCACUAGCAAUGCUAAAUUGGCACUUUUCUAUGACUGGUUAUUCUUUGAUCCUGAGAAGGACAAUAUCAUGAACAUUGAACCUGCUAUUCUCGUUAUGCACAAUUCGAUGAGAUCACAUCCUGCUGUCACUGCCACACUACUAGACUUUCUCUGCAGGAUAAUCCCAAACUUUCAUCCAACGCUGACGGAGAAGGUUAGAAACGGAAUAUUUUCGUCCCUCAAACAAAUACUUGAGAAACGAGUUUUACCAAGUUUGUAUCCACUUUUUGACAGCCUAAAGCUGGAUCGUGAAUUGAGGGCUAAAAUCAGGGAGACAUUCAAGGAAUUUUGUCUACCACCCAAUGCUGAUCCUGGUAAAAUCGAGGAUCUGAAGGACUACGGUCCAGGUCUGAUGCUGGACAACAGUGUGGGGAUGAGCGAGAAUAAUCAUUUGGAUCACGACCACGAGGCGGCCUUCAGUGACGACGAGGACGAGGAAAUGCUGAGGAUAACGAAAGUCGACUCUGAGGAGGACGACGAGGACCUGCCCCUGUCCAAAGUCAAGCUAAAAAAAGAGCAGAAGAAUUCAAACUGCAUAAAAAAAGAGGACGAACUGACAUCCCGUCUCAACCUAAUAAUUGAGCCUGACGAGCUCAAAAGAGCAGUUGAGAAUUUAUACACAGAAACAGAUAAUGAAUCCAAAUGCCAGAUAAUGGAAAAAAUCGUGCAGAUGAUAAUCGAGGAUGACGUAGGGGCUGACAUGAUUUCACCCCUCGUCACGUGUCUAUCUACCAUUUUGGAACCCCAGAUAACAGCUUCGAUAUUUCCAGCUGAUAGUUCAAACGACGAGGCUCUAACUGACACGAUAAGCACUCCAGUGUUCGUUAUGUUUCGUAAUUUCUUUCAAUUGUGUCAGGAGGAGGACAACAGGAAGAAAUUCAUUGGCCAUGUCCUGGCGGAUUUGCAAAAGAUUCAACCAAGGAUUGGAUAUCUUCUCCUUUAUUUUUUGAAAGUGUGGGGUCGAGAGGAGGAGAAACGAGAGGGUCUUGCUAGCAAUGUCACGAGUGAAGUCAAAGCCUCUGUCUACAAAGAUUUCUGUGCCCAGAGAGACAAAAAAUUGGAGACGUGUCUCCUGACAGAUCUCAAGUUGUGUCAUGAAGACAGUGUAUUCCUCCUCUGCUAUCUUCUGCCAGACGUAUUUACAGGAUUCCAGGGCAUAGCCCUUGGCAAUGCCCAACUGUUGCACCUGGUGGUGUCAACAGUUGACUCCUGCCAACUUCAGGAAUUGGUCUGUCAGAUAAUGCAGGGACAGCUGAAGAUGCUGGAGAAGGACUCAUUCAUGAAUCUCCUCACUGCCAGUUUGAAUUGGGAAACAUUCGAGCAGUACUGCUUCUGGCAGUUGACAUUUGCACACGAUUUUCCCAUCAAAUAUGUUCUACCUGUUCUACCAAAACUCCAGUUUAGGGAUCAUGCCGAGGCACUCACAGCUAUUUUAUUUAUGCUCAAGCAAGAGAGACCAACUCCAGAACUACUGAGACAAUUAUUCACCCGCCAAAACACAGACGGCGACAUGUUCGUGGUGGCAGCGCUUCGAUACUGGUGUCGCGAUUACGAGGAUAAACUAGGAGAACUACUAGCUAAUUUACUCAGCACGAGGUAUCCGGCAACUAGCCCUAAUAAGCGAAAACGAGCAGGAGCCAAACAGAAUCAACAGGCAACAGGUCCACCAACUGGUGAACAAGUAUUAGGGCAUCUCGAUCAAUUGAGACAGCACUGCCGUGCCUCGGCUGACCUUCAGCUAUACCAGACUGAGAACAUGCAGAAGGCACUCCAGCAGGCACAAGCAGCCAGCAGUGACUCUCUGAGGAAGAGCUACGGGGAUCUAUUUGCACUUGCUGAAGUUAACGAGGAGAACGAAUCACCACCUAUUUCUACCUCGAAAAAACACGGUGGAUCAUCCGUUGGAGGAAAGGGCCACAGAAAAGUCGGGGCAAGCACCCGAGAGAGAUCAGCUAAUAAACGGCCACCACCAAGAGAUAGGGGUACCGAGAGUAGUGAACAAAGUAGUGAGGACGAAUUGAUUGCAAAGCCAAAGCAAGCCAGGAAGAGAAAAAAGAUGAACCCAGUGGGUUCAGACAGUGACUGACCAGUCCGCGAAUGGCGGUUAAUUUUUCAAAUACAUCGGGUGAUAAUUACUGGGCAUAAUCAACGACUUAAAAUCCCCCUAAGUGCUCGCAAUGAAUAACUGCGCAUCCCAAUUAGUGAAUCAGUGAGAGAUACAAUCCUGAUGUGAGAGUGAAAUUGAAGUUGAACGUUCCUCCUUUAUUUAACAGAAAACCCCAAGUGAAUUAUUUUCGUUAACAAUGACUAGUUCUUAUUUUACUUUGAUCUUGUACAUUCUUUUCCUUUUCCACGUGUGUAAUUAAUAAUUAUCGAUUUGCAUUGAACUGAGUAAAUUUACGAGGUUUCGUUUAUUGAUUUGAUUUGCGAAUGAUUCUUCCACUUCAGCUCCAAUUUCAUCGAUCAAAUCAGUCGAUCGAGUCGUUCGUUACGUUUUUUUACUCAAUAUAAUACAAUUGUUUUUUUUUUUUUUGAGAGUGAAGGGCUUAUCUUAUCAGUGUAAAUCACCUGUUAAAUCGAUUGUUAGGUGGACUAAAUACCUGUGUUAUGUAUUUGUAAACUGUACAUAUUAAAUAACAUGGAAAAGGGAGAGAAUGUGGAAAAAUUAAUGAGUCGAGUGUUUUGAAUAAUAAUUAAUGCCUUACAAGGUUUUUCCUUAUUAAAUCCACGAGCUAAACCCUUUGAAAUUAUUAUUAAUGAAUCAGUGAUUGGCGUUAUUCCCUGGUACGUCGAUCGAAUUUUUAUACCUGUAUAUACAUAUCGACGUCGAUGAUUAGAGGGUUAAGUGUACAUGUAUAUUCAACUGGAAAUUAAAUUGACGAUUGUAAAAAUGAUAAUGAGUGGAUGUCAAUAAUUGAAUGAAUUAGUAGUUAAUUUUUUUUAUCCUGUACACAAUGAACGUGUAAAUACGUGAAUUUUUAGGGAGGCAAUAGCUCGUGAAUUCAUAAACAUUUAAUGUUUUUAAUGAACCUUGUAUACAUUAAUUACACGUACUAAAUAAUGUAAAUACUUAGUGGUUACCAAAAAUAAAAAUAAUGAAAUUUGAGAGGUAGUA